GAAUAAUUAUAGGUGCAUCGGUCAUCCACAACAGUGGCCGAACUCGUCUCGACAAAGUAUCAGUCAUCUUUGACACACUUCUCGAAAGCGUGUCACGGUUUCUGGAUUCACAUGGCUAUAAAAGCACACUCACAACGUGGUCACGGUGCUACCUCGGCUUUCUAAACUUUCCCCAAGCGCUAGGAUGUUGAAUUGACCCUCCAACGAACAGACCAUGACCGUUCAUCGUGAAAUGACUUCCACAACUCUCGCCAAGAAGUCUCUUAGAGACAUUGUUCAUCAUUUUACCCCUGCGUGGUUUACUGUGACAAUGGGAACUGGCGCUAUCUCCAUGCUUUUUCACAACUAUCCAUAUGGCAAUGAAUCGCAGCCAAUGAAAGCCUUCACUUUCCUGUUCUUUUUCUUGAAUCUUGCGCUGUUUGUUCUCUUCACGGCCGUGAGUGCAGCGCGAUUCAUAUUAUUUCCCAAGAUAUGGUCUCGAAUGCUACGACAUCCUGUUCAAAGCUUAUACCUCUCCACCUUUCCAAUGGGGGCCACCACGUUAAUCAAUGUCGCUAUUGGUGACAUUUUUCUGACAUACGGUUUUGGUGGAAAGGCCUUUGUGUAUACUAUCUGGAGCCUUUGGUGGCUCGACGUUGCCUUGUCCUUUAUUUCGUGCUUUUGGCUGAUGCACAUCAUGAAAACACGCCAGGAACACUCGCUGAAAACGAUGACAACUGCUUGGAUAUUACCAGUUGUCCCACUGGUAGUCGGGUCGUCGACUGGCGGCGUGAUUGCUCCCGCCUUGCAGAUAUACUCGCCAUCCCACGCAUUACUUACUAUCGUAUUCGCGGUCUUCAUGGUCACAAUUGGUCUUUCCCUCUCACUGAUGAUGCUCACUAUCUACAUACUCCGACUCGUGGUAUACGGCUACCCCGCUGGGAUCGGUAUUCUAUCCUCCUUUUAUCCUCUUGGCCCGUCCGGGCAAGCUGCAUACUCUAUUCUCCUAAUUGGACAGUCGUUGCAGUCUCUCUUACCGCUGAACUAUGGUGACUCUGAUUUCCUGCGGUGGAAAUUUGUAGGAGACACUUUCAAUGUUUUUUGCAUCGGGAUUUCUGUCGUACUCUGGUCAUUUGCCACUAUGUGGAUCGUCUAUGCAGUGUUAGGCAUCCAGCAAGUUGUUCGCCAUGAUCACGUUCCAUUCAAGCUGUCCUUCUGGUCAAUGAUAUUCCCUAAUGGCGUCUACGCAAACCUGACGAUACAGCUUUCACGGACGUUCGACUCGCCGUUUUUCAGGGUUUAUGGUGCUAUAUAUGCUGCGGGGACGUUGUUGCUGUGGAUAUGUGUCGCUGUCCCUACUGUGUGCUUGAUUCCAGGAGGUGUGAUUUUCGAUGCCCCCUGUUUAGAAGAAGUGAGCGUGUUGGAGCCGCCCAAAACCGAAGUCGUAGGGGAAGUAUAAGAGAGCUUGUCACUAUCCCAUCUGACUGCUUCCGCGAACCUCUUCUCAAGGUUCACCUAGAGUUCUUGUCCUGUACGUUGUUUUCGAAUUAAAUACUACAAUAUUAUAUGCUGGUUAAUC